AUGAAAUUAUUCUUGGCUCUCUGCCUAAGUGCAGUUGCUUUGGCAACUGAGACUGGCACCUUGCGUGUUAAAAGAGGAGGGUCGAAAUAUGAUUUCCAUGUCCCACACGUGCAAACUAUAAUCAAAAAAGUUCCGGUACCAUACGCUGUUCCUAAACCGUAUCCAGUGGUAAAGCAUGUUCCGGUUACUAUUAAAGUACCAUAUCCAGUCCACGUACCGAAGCCUUACCCAGUACAUGUAGCAAAACCAGUCCCAUUUCCUGUCGAAAAAAGGGUUCCAGUACCAUAUCCUGUAGAUAGACCAGUACCAGUUCCUGUUAAAGUAGGAGUGCAUAUUCCCUAUCCAGUGAAAGUGCCUGUUAGUGUUCCAAAACCGUAUCCAAUUUCAAUUCCAUAUCCAGUGAAAGUUCCAUAUCCAGUUGUGGUUGGGGGAGGACACGAAGGUGGAGAGAGCUAUAAAGUGAUUGGUUUUUCUGGAAAUCAUGAUAUUGGUCAUGGUCAUGGUCACAAGUUUUGGUAG